AUGGGCGUCACCAAUGGAAACAGUAGCUCCAUGGCUACCAAACAUGACGAACUUCCCUCACAUUUCAUCGGCGGCAACCGCCUGGAUCAAGCACCCCCGAGCAGUGUGAAGGAUUUCGUCGUGGAACAUGGCGGUCACUCCGUCAUUACCUCUGUCCUCAUUGCCAACAACGGUAUCGCUGCCGUCAAGGAGAUCCGUUCCGUGCGGAAAUGGGCCUACGAGACCUUUGGCAACGAGCGUGCCAUUCAAUUCACCGUCAUGGCCACCCCCGAGGAUCUGCAUGCCAACGCCGACUACAUUCGCAUGGCUGACCAAUAUGUCGAAGUCCCCGGUGGAACCAAUAAUAAUAAUUAUGCCAACGUCGAGCUGAUCGUCGAUGUUGCCGAGCGCAUGGAUGUCCACGCCGUUUGGGCCGGUUGGGGUCACGCCUCCGAAAACCCUCGAGGAUCAUUUUCAUCGGUCCCCCCCGCUUCGGCCAUGCGUUCGCUCGGUGACAAGAUCUCCUCCACCAUUGUCGCCCAGCACGCCGGUGUUCCCUGUAUCCCCUGGUCCGGUACUGGUGUCGACGACGUCGAGGUUGACAGCCACGGCAUCGUGACUGUUCAGGAUGAUAUCUAUAACAAGGGUUGUACCUUCUCUCCCGAGCAGGGUCUGGCGAAGGCCAAGGAGAUUGGUUUCCCUGUCAUGGUCAAGGCCUCCGAAGGUGGUGGUGGUAAGGGUAUCCGUAAGGUCGAGAACGAGGAGGAGUUCACCUCCCUCUACAAUGCGGCCGCCAACGAGAUUCCCGGAUCCCCCAUCUUCAUCAUGAAGCUGGCUGGAAAUGCCCGCCAUCUGGAGGUCCAGCUGUUGGCCGAUCAGUACGGUAACAACAUCUCCCUCUUCGGCCGUGAUUGUUCCGUCCAGCGUCGUCACCAGAAGAUUAUCGAGGAGGCUCCCGUCACUAUCGCCAAGCCCAUCACUUUCCAGGCCAUGGAGAAGGCCGCCGUUAGCCUGGGUCGUCUCGUCGGUUACGUCUCUGCCGGUACUGUCGAGUACCUAUACUCUCACUCCGACGACAAGUUCUACUUCCUCGAGUUGAACCCCCGUCUGCAGGUCGAGCACCCUACCACCGAGAUGGUCUCCGGUGUCAACUUGCCCGCCGCGCAGCUCCAGAUUGCCAUGGGUAUUCCCCUGCACCAGAUCCGCGAUAUUCGUCUGCUGUACGGAGUUGACCCCAACACCUCUUCCGAUAUCGACUUCGAUUUCUCUAGUGAGGAGAGCUUCAAGGUCCAGCGUCGUCCCCAGCCCAAGGGUCACACCACCGCUUGUCGUAUCACUUCCGAGGACCCCGGCGAGGGUUUCAAGCCUUCCAGCGGUACUAUGCACGAGCUGAACUUCCGUUCUUCCCUCCAACGUCUGGGGUUACUUCUCUGUCGUCAAUUCGGUCACAUUUUCGCCUACGGUGAGAACCGUUCCGCCUCCCGGAAACACAUGGUUGUUGCGCUGAAGGAGCUGAGCAUUCGUGGUGAUUUCCGCACUACCGUUGAGUACCUGAUCAAGCUGCUUGAGACUCCCGCUUUCGAGGACAACACCAUCACCACCGGUUGGUUGGACCAGCUGAUCUCCAACAAGCUGACUGCUGAGCGUCCCGAUCCCAAUGUCGCCACCAUUUGCGGUGCUGUCACCAAGGCUCACCUCGCCAGCGAGGCCGGUGUUGAGGAGUACCGCAAGGGUCUCGAGAAGGGUCAAGUUCCCGCCAAGGAUGUCCUGAAGACCGUCUUCCCCGUCGACUUCAUCUACGAGGGUUACCGCUACAAGUUCACCGCUACUCGCGCUGGUCUGGACAGCUACCACCUCUUCAUCAACGGUUCCAAGUGCUCCGUUGGUGUUCGUGCUCUGGCUGACGGUGGUCUGCUCGUUCUGCUGAACGGCCGCAGUCACAACGUCUACUGGAAGGAGGAGCCUGCUGCCACUCGCCUGAGUGUCGACGGCAAGACCUGUCUCCUGGAGCAGGAGAACGACCCCACUCAGCUCCGCUCUCCCUCCCCCGGUAAGCUGGUCAAGUUCACUCUUGAGAACGGCGAGCACGUUCGUGCUGGCCAGGCCUACGCUGAGGUCGAGGUCAUGAAGAUGUACAUGCCUCUGAUCGCUGCGGAGGACGGUAUCGUUCAGCUCAUCAAGCAGCCCGGUGCCACCCUUGAGGCUGGUGACAUCCUCGGUAUUCUUGCUCUGGAUGAUCCUUCUCGUCGCUUCGCUCUGCUCUACACUAUUCUGGAGAACAUCCUCCGCGGUUUCGAUAACCAGGUCAUCAUGGGUGCUACCCUCAAGGAGCUCGUCGAGGUGCUGCGCAACCCCGAACUUCCCUACGGAGAGUGGAAUGCCCAGUCCUCGGCUCUGCACUCCCGUAUGCCCCAGAAGCUUGAUACUCAGCUCCAGACCGUUGUCGACAAGGCCAAGGCCCGCAAGGCCGAGUUCCCUGCCAAGACCCUCCAGAAGACCAUCGUCAAGUUCCUUGAGGAGAACGUCAACCCCGCUGAUGCUGAGAUCCUGAAGGCCACCAUCCUGCCCCUCGUCCAGGUCAUCAACAAGUACCUCGAUGGCCUGAAGACCAACGAGUACAAUGUCUUUAUCGCUCUGCUCGAGCAGUACUACCAGAUUGAGAAGCUGUUCUCUACUGGUACCAAGCGUGAUGAGGAUGUUAUCCUGAAGCUCCGUGAGGAGAACAAGGAGGACAUCGUCAGCGUUGUUCACACCGUUCUCUCCCACAGCCGCAUUGGCUCCAAGAACAACCUGGUCCUCGCCAUCCUGGAUAUGUACCGCCCCAACCAGCCCAACGUUGAAAAUGUCGGCAAGCACUUUAAGCCCAUCCUGAAGAAGCUGACCGAGCUUGAGGCCCGUGCCGCCGCCAAGGUCACCCUCAAGGCUCGUGAGGUUCUUAUUCAGUGCGCUAUGCCCUCCCUCGAGGAGCGUCUGUCCCAGAUGGAGCACAUUCUCCGUUCUUCCGUUGUUGAGUCCCGCUACGGCGAGACUGGCUGGGAGCACCGUGAGCCCGACUUCGGUGCCCUGAAGGAGGUUGUUGACUCCAAGUACACCGUCUUCGACGUUCUGCCUCGGUUCUUCACCCACCAGGAUCCUUGGGUCACUCUGGCCGCUCUUGAGGUCUAUGUCCGCCGUGCUUACCGUGCCUACACCCUCAAGGGCAUUGACUACAGUGCCGGCAAUGAGCCUCCCUUCCUGUCCUGGGACUUCACUCUGGGCAAGCUCGGCCAGCCCGAAUUCGGAUCUGUCUCCUCCACCCAGCCCUCUGCUCCCGGUACUCCUACCACCGAGAUCAACCCCUUCAAGCGUAUCAACUCGAUCAGUGACAUGUCCUACAUGGUCAACGACCCCUACACUGACCCUGUUCGCAAGGGUGUUAUCAUGCCCGUCCAGUACCUUGAGGAUGCUGAGGAGUUCCUGCCCCGCGCUCUGGAGGCUUUCCCCAAGGCCGGUGCCGCUAAGCGUCCCGAGCAGGGCCUGAUUGCCAACCUUGAGGGCAAGCGUCGUCCCACUGUCAAGACUGAGAACGACAACGAGCUCACUGGUGUUCUCAACAUCGCCGUCCGCGACAUUGAGGAGGAUGACGACUCUCAGCUGGUUAUCCAGAUGCAGAAGAUGCUUGAUGACAACAAGGAGGAGCUGCUCGCCCGCCGUAUCCGCCGUGUUACUUUCAUCUGCGGUCGCGAGGGUGUUUACCCUGGCUACUUCACUUUCCGUGGCCCCGCCUACGAGGAGGAUCUGUCUAUCCGCCACAGCGAGCCCGCUCUUGCCUUCCAGCUUGAACUGGGACGUCUGUCCAAGUUCAACAUCAAGCCUGUCUUCACUGAGAACCGUAACAUCCACGUUUACGAGGCUAUUGGCAAGGGUCCUGAGAAUGACAAGGCUGUUGACAAGCGCUACUUCAUCCGCGCUGUCGUCCGCCCUGGUCGCCUGCGGGAUGACAUCCCUACUGCUGAGUACCUGAUCUCGGAGGCUGAUCGCCUGAUGAACGACAUUCUGGAUGCCCUGGAGAUUAUCGGCAACAACAACUCCGAUCUGAACCACAUCUUCAUCAACUUCUCCCCUGUCUUCAACCUGGAGCCCACCGAUGUUGAGCAGGCUCUGGCCGGCUUCCUGGACCGCUUCGGUCGUCGUCUCUGGCGCCUCCGUGUCACCGGUGCUGAGAUCCGUAUCCUCUGCACCGACCCGGCUACCGGCAUGCCCUACCCUCUCCGUGUCAUCAUCAGCAACACCUACGGUUUCAUUAUCCAGGUCGAGCUGUACAUUGAGCGCAAGUCCGAGAAGGGCGAGUGGAUCUUCCAGAGCAUUGGUGGCACCACCAAGCUGGGCUCCAUGCACAUGCGUGCUGUCUCUACUCCUUACCCUACUAAGGAGUGGCUGCAGCCCAAGCGUUACAAGGCUCACCUGAUGGGAACUCAGUAUGUGUACGAUUUCCCCGAGCUCUUCCGCCAGGCCUUCCAGAACAGCUGGGAUCGUGCCGUUGAGAAUAUUCCUUCCCUGGCUAGCCAGCGCCCCGCCACUGGCGAGUGCAUUGACUACAGCGAGCUUGUCCUUGAUGACCUGGACAACCUGAUCGAGGUCACCCGUGAGCCCGGUACCAACAGCCACGGUAUGGUCGGUUGGAUUGUCACUGCUCGUACUCCUGAGUACCCCCGCGGCCGUCGCUUCAUCAUCGUCGCCAACGAUAUCACCUUCCAGAUCGGUUCCUUCGGUCCCCAGGAAGACAAGUUCUUCCACAAGUGUACCGAGCUGGCUCGCAAGCUGGGCAUUCCUCGCAUCUACCUGUCUGCCAACUCUGGUGCCCGUAUCGGUAUGGCCGACGAGCUGAUUCCCUUCUUCUCUGUUGCCUGGAAUGAUGCUUCCAAGCCCGAGGCCGGCUUCAAGUACCUCUACCUCACCCCCGAGGUCAAGAAGCGCUUCGACGCUACCAAGAAGAAGGAGGUUAUCACUGAGCUCAUCCACGAUGAGGGUGAGGAGCGCCACAAGAUCACCACUGUCAUUGGUGCCAAGGACGGUCUUGGUGUCGAGUGUCUGAAGGGCUCUGGUCUCAUUGCUGGUGCCACUUCCAAGGCUUACGAGGACAUCUUUACCAUCACCCUGGUUACUUGCCGUUCCGUCGGUAUCGGUGCUUACCUGGUCCGUCUCGGCCAGCGUGCUAUCCAGGUUGAGGGUCAGCCUAUCAUCCUGACUGGUGCCCCUGCCAUCAACAAGCUGCUUGGUCGUGAGGUCUACACCUCUAACCUGCAACUUGGUGGUACCCAGAUCAUGUACAAGAACGGUGUCUCGCACAUGACUGCCAACGAUGACUUCGAGGGUGUUGAGAAGAUCGUUGGGUGGAUGGGCUUCGUUCCCGACAAGAAGGGUGCUCCCAUUCCCAUCCGCCCCUGGUCCGAUGACUGGGACCGUGAUAUCGGCUACUACCCCCCUGCCAAGCAGGCCUACGACCCUCGCUGGUUGAUCGCCGGUAAGCAGGAGGAGGAAGGCUUCCUACCCGGUCUCUUCGACAAGGACUCCUUCGAGGAGGCCCUCGGAGGCUGGGCCCGCACCGUCGUCGUCGGUCGCGCCCGUCUCGGCGGUAUCCCCAUGGGAGUCAUCGCAGUCGAGACCCGCUCCGUCGAGAACGUCACCCCUGCCGACCCCGCCAACCCCGACUCCAUGGAGAUGAUCUCUCAGGAAGCCGGCGGUGUCUGGUACCCCAACUCAGCGUACAAGACCGCCCAAGCCCUCCGCGACUUCAACAACGGCGAGCAACUCCCCGUCAUGAUCCUAGCCAACUGGCGCGGUUUCUCCGGUGGCCAGCGCGACAUGUACAACGAAGUCCUCAAGUACGGCUCCUACAUCGUCGACGCCCUCGUCAAAUACGAACAGCCCAUUUUCGUCUACAUCCCGCCGCACGGUGAACUCCGCGGUGGAUCUUGGGUCGUCAUCGACCCGACCAUCAACCCAGACCAAAUGGAGAUGUACGCCGACGAAGAGUCCCGCGGUGGUGUCCUCGAACCAGAAGGUAUCGUCAACAUCAAGUACCGCCGCGACAAGCAGCUGGACACCAUGGCCCGCCUGGACCAGACCUACGGCGACCUGCGCCGCUCCCUGGAAGACACUACCUGA